GGCCGCGGGCCACACUUUGAACACCCCUGUGCCUCCCCCGCCCCGCCCCUCUCCGUCUCUCCCGUCCGUGUGUGAUGACAGAGUCGGUGUUUACCAUGGCGGCUGUCUGCUAAUUGAAAGAAAUAAAAUGUGUUUAAUGUGUUUUAAAUCCGCGGGAACUGUCCUAGUUUAAUAAAGAGUUAAAGCCUGAACUCACCUCGUCCACGAUGACCAACAGAACUUCUUAUUUCUACGACCCGGACGUGGGAAACUUUCAUUACGGUGCUGGUCAUCCCAUGAAGCCUCACCGUUUGUCUCUGACACACAGUCUGGUGUUGCACUAUGGACUCUACAAGAAGAUGAUGGUGUUUAAACCGUACAAAGCGUCUCAGCACGACAUGUGUCGGUUCCACUCUGAAGACUACAUCGACUUCCUGCAGAAGGUCAGCCCCAACAACAUGCAGGGCUUCACCAAGAGCCUCAACACCUUCAACGUCGGAGACGACUGUCCUGUGUUUCCGGGUCUUUUUGAGUUUUGCUCAAGAUACACUGGAGCCUCUUUACAGGGAGCAACACAGCUCAACCACAAGAUCUGUGACAUCGCCAUCAACUGGGCCGGAGGUUUGCAUCACGCCAAAAAAUUUGAGGCCUCUGGGUUUUGUUACGUCAAUGACAUCGUCAUCAGCAUACUGGAGCUGCUCAAAUACCACCCCAGGGUUCUAUACAUCGACAUAGACAUUCACCAUGGUGACGGCGUACAGGAAGCCUUUUACCUGACCGACCGCGUCAUGACUGUGUCCUUCCACAAAUACGGGAACUACUUUUUCCCAGGAACAGGUGACAUGUAUGAGGUGGGAGCAGAGAGCGGUCGGUACUACUGCCUCAAUGUUCCUCUCAGAGAUGGCAUCGAUGACCAGAGCUACAGGCAGCUGUUCCAGCCCGUUAUUAAACAGGUGGUGGACUUUUACCAGCCGACCUGCAUCGUUCUACAGUGUGGAGCAGAUUCUCUGGGCUGUGACCGACUGGGCUGCUUCAACCUCAGCAUACGAGGACACGGUGAGUGCGUGGAGUUCGUGAAGAGUUUUAAGAUUCCUCUGCUCGUCCUGGGAGGAGGAGGGUACACGGUGAGGAACGUGGCUCGCUGCUGGACCUUUGAGACGUCUCUGCUAUUGGAUGAAUCCAUCAGUGACGAGCUGCCUUAUAGCGAGUAUUUUGAGUACUUUGCUCCAGACUUCACGCUGCACCCUGACGUCAGCACCAGGAUAGAAAACCAGAACUCCAGACAGUACCUGGAGCAGAUCCGUCAGACGGUGUUUGAGAACUUGAAGAUGCUGAACCACGCGCCCAGCGUCCAGAUCCACGACGUACCGUCCGACAUGCUGAGCUACGAACGCACCGACGAGCCCGACCCCGACGAGAGAGGAGGCGAGGAAAACUACACCAGGCCGGAGGCAGCCAAUGAGUUCUACGACGGCGAUCACGACAACGACAAAGAGAGCGACGUAGAAAUUUGACCCACGAGGACGAGAGGAACUUUUUUUUUCGACCACCGUAUCUAAACAUCACGUCCUCACUGCAGAUUCAACAGAAACAGGACUGACGGGACUCAGUUCAGCUUUUUUCUCUGUAGGUUCUCAAUCAGCCACUGAUAUCACAGUUUGACCACCAUCAGGACAGACGUGACGUUAGCACCAGAGCCUUGUAUAUAGUGUCACUGAGCGAGCGCACGUCCACACACAGCAGUAUUUCCAUUUCUGUUUAGUUCUUUUCAGUCGCCACAUGUUGAGGCCAGACUGCUGUAUGUACUCGCUGAACACUGAGACAUGCACAGAGUGUAUCAGCUGUCUUGUUGUGAACGGCAUCACCUAGAGUCAGGGCUGAAAAACAAACUGUACGCACACAUGAACAGUCAAAUAUGUCCAUUUUGAUUAAUUUUUUUUGUUACAUUUUUUUCCACUCGUCUUGUUUGUUAUCUUACUAUUGAAAUGUGUUUGACUUUUGAAAGAGGAGAAUGUCAUCUGCAGUAUUUGAGUCAUUUUUUUAGUUACAGCCUAAACAACCCCUGAGAUGUAAGAGCAGUUAGUUUGGACCCCUGUGUGACAGUCAGUGUACACGUGAAGGCACUUGAUGAAGAAAAAAAAAAACACUUCCCACCACACAGUUUUUGAUUUAAGACUCGUCCAUAUAAGAAGCUGUUCAAGUGCCUGUCAGGAUCCAUUCAUCACACAUUGAUCUUAUUUUUUUUCCACGUGCCUUACAGCUCUGAGAAGUCGAGCGUGGCACCUUCAUAUCGCCUGCCGUAUGAACUCUAUGUUGUUCUGUAAGUGAGGCUGAUCCAAACAGGUUUUCAUUCCUUUCUCCGCUCUUUCCUGUACACACAUGUAUAAAUGUAUCAACUGUGAGUUUGUUCAUAAUGUAGAGGAGGACCACGGUGGUAGUUUUUGUACUGAAGCAGGAAGUUGACUCAGAUGUUAGUGCUGCUCCUACAACAGGCUCAUUACAGGUGUACGUCACGGGGUGUUUGGAGCCACAGAAGGAAAACUGUACCGCCUGACGCCUGCGGUCCUCUUUUAGCCGGAAAACGUGAUUUUUUUGAUAUCGUUGUCUACUUCUGUUUUUAAUAAAAAUAACCAAAUGAAU